ACCCUUUGUAUUCUAGAAGAUUCUUGGCCAUUCUUGAAUAAACUUGUCAAUUGUCAUUGUUCUUCUUUAAAGAUUAGUGGAUACUUUAUAGCUCUGGCUUGUUUUUUGAAAGAAUUAUAGAGAAAUGUUUGGCCUACUAGCCUCUGGACGCUUGGUAGAUACUAAUAUUCAAGAUGCUGGUGGAGGGCAGUUUUACUUCACGCUGGAGCAAGUUGAAGGUCUUAACCACAUUGUCGUCUUCCUUACCGGUCAAGUUCCUUUCUCCGAGGGUUUUGCUGGCGGUAUAUAUUUUGGUGUCUCAACCGACCUGGGAGGGAUAGCCUGGCAAUAUUUGGGUUUCAUAUCAAACGAGAAACCCAGCGCCAUUUUUAAAAUAUCAAACGUCAAGCCGUCGCCUUCUGCCGCCAAUCCUUUUGGUGAAGCCAUGAUGGCUAGCCUUGAAGACAUGAGUUCUACUACAGCACUUGUUGGGAUAUUAGUGGAGCCAGCUGCCCACAUUGCACAGCUUACUCCAGCUUCAAACACUCAGGCAACUAGCAUGGACUCAUUUACAGAGUUUUCUACCAAAAUGGUCGAGAAUUUCUUCAAUUAUGCAUCGUCCUUUGCUGUUCUCCCAGCUCAGACUCCAAUCAAUCCAAUGGAGAACUAUGUCCCUCUUAGUGUCCUCCAGUCCUGGUACGAGACUUUCGCCAGACGACUACAAGCUAAUCCUAACUAUUGGAAAACACUUUAAAAUUUUUGUGUUUCAGUCAUUGAUGUAGCAGUAUUUGAUUUUUUAUCCAACUGUACAUGAAUUGCAAAAAA